AUGACGUCCAGGUUCACCGCCGCCGAGCUGAAGCGGUUCCGCGCCUUCCUUGACGCAGCCAUCGACCGCGAAGAACACGGUCCCUCCUCCGACGACGCGGACGCUCUCAGGCGGCAACUCUGGGACGAGAUAUGUGUACAUCUCGGGGUUAACGGCAUGUCUACGGGCCUUCCUCAUCUUGACCAACUCGUCGAAGACAUCUUCCAAGGCAAGUCGAAUGUCAGCCUCCAAGGUCCAGUCGUGAUCUUGCCAGCUGCGCCUGGUGUUCCAAGUGCCGCACCCCCGGUUGUGACCCAGCCAGCCGCAUCCGGCGUUCCAAGAGCUGCAACUCCGUCUAAGCCAUCCACCAAGUCUUCGGGCAAGAGACCAGCUACGCCGUCCAAGAAGUCCUCCAAACGGAAGGCCAGCGCCGGCGACACCGCCUCCAAGUCGUCCGCCAAGAAGCUGCGCUCUUCCCAGAAGUUGACGCUUCCUUCAUACGACUACGCCAAGCUGAUUGACGUGAAUCCCAACGCUCCUCGGGUCGUACGAACCGCGAUCGCCAUUGUUCUCCACAAGGCUGAAGAAGCCGGCAAAGUCCCUUGGCGUCUGGCGUACCCCUGGUCGGGCCGACCCCUUUGGUAUGACCCAGCGGAGAAUCAAGACAUUCAUCGCGCUCACUGGCGGUUCUGGAUGACCCACAGACGUGCCUUCUGGGAGUGGGCGUUCCACGCCCCCCUCGAGACGACCUCAGCCCAGUCUAAUCGCCGCAAGCUCAAAAUGCGAGCUUCUCAUGCUCGCCUGACUUUUACGAGCCUGUGCAUCGAGACGUGGGGCUUCUACGCGUUCCUCGAGAAGCUGGAGAAGCGUCCAGAAAUGUUCUGGCUCGGAGGCCAGCCCGGCAAGUCUCCACGCGGAGGACGACAGCCUCAGGGACCUAUUGCCGAAGAUCUUGUAGUCCUCCAUGAUAAGGAUCAUGCCCGGUACGAGGCUACGCUAGAGAACGCCCUUAACCCGGCGAAGAUAGACGCCUAUGGAUAUCCUCAAGGGCUCUCCUUCCUCGAGUUCACCGACGCCAUAAAUCCCAAGGUCAUCGCAAAGAAUCCCCUCUCCAUGUGUUUCGCGCAGGCAGUUUGCCCUUCUUUCCUUCACUAA